AUGGAAGUUGAUCAAAUAGUGAGCGAUAUCUAUGUCUCGGAGGCCCGUGCAGCUACGAGCGGGUUCUCCCAACCAUCCUAUCCAUCACAUACCUCUCAGGAUAUCUCUUUGGAGUUUAUCAGAGCCAUGACAGCGGACACCAGCACUUCGGGGAUCCCUCCAUAUAAGGAAGCCUCCAUACGAAGUACUUCUCCAUAUGCGGCCUAUAAAGUCAACUUUGCGAAUGACCUCCAAUAUGGCCGCGAAGAGAGUCCCAUCGAUUAUCUAGAGGAUGACCUUAGCAGGCUUCUGAUAGAUUCGACAGUAGGCGAUCUUCCUCUUCGGUCACAAUCACUCAAGCAGAAAAGUGUUGAUGAGAAUGCCCGGAAAGACUCCAGCUUCGCAGGAAUCCGCAGCCUCCGUUCCGGUGAGCUCCCUGCCAAGCAGCUCCUUAUGUCCUCGCAGAGUAGCCGAUCCAGUUCAUUCAUGCGAACUCCAGCAGGGUCCAUGAUUCGGUGGCGCCCUUCCACAGGCGGCCCCAGGCGCCAUCAGGGCACACGAGUGGAGGCAUCCACAUCUUAUCUCUCAAGUGACCCUAACGGGCUCCGCGCUUCCUCGGUGAGAGGACGGCCAAUGACAGACGCGGAUAUAACCCAACAGGUGUUCCACGUCCUGAAUUGCCUGAAGCUUAGUCACCCAUCAACGUUUUACAUAAACAGAUCUGGAUCACAAAGCAUUCUAGCAUUCUCUGCAGAGGAUAACCAGCCACUCGAAUCAGAAUCAACCUCAGAUCCUCAUAUGCCGUCUUCGUCGCAGACAAUGGUGGUGUUGAAGGUCGAUUUUCCAGAUCAGUUAAAGAUGUGUACGUAUAACAUGGUAUAUUUUGGAUUUUAUUCCCUAUUCGAUGGAUUGCUAGAAGAUGACCAGGGAUUUUUGGUGGGAGACAGCAGCUAUCUUACAGUUUCGGAAGUAGAACCCUUCUGUAUUGCGAUGGCACGCCAUGUACUGGAGAUUGUACAGUCAUACAAUAAAUAUGUUAACCCGUCUGUGGCAAUUGAAAGGCUUCGCAGCUCCAGUUCCAUUACGGUCCCGUUCGUUAAGUGUAUCUACAUGUUCAAGAAAGAGCUGAAGGCCCGGCGGCUAACAACUAUCCCGCGCUGUGACCAACCUGGUUACCAGCGCAAUCCCUCUAGCACCAGUUCUAGCUUUAGCUCCGCAGCAACGUCCACCUCCUCUUUCAAGGGUUACGAUGAGGUGAUAUCCCAUUGCAACAAGCUCUAUUCGCUUCAUGAAAAGAAGCAAGCCAAACAACUGGAGAUUGACCGCCAACGGGCCGAGGAAGAGACAUCUGGAUGCACGUUUCGGCCAGAGCUGAACGAUAGGUCCAUCGAGCUCUCGACACGCAAACGCAUAUACGAUGGGACAGCAACUGUGAAGGAAAGCAUCGAAAAUAGCAUCGAAAACUACACUGUUAAGGUCCGGUCUCUCAACGAGCUAGACGACUAUACAAAAAUAAUAACUAAGUACCUAUACGAUCUAAAGCUCUACGCAAUGAAUCAGCGUAUCCUUUCCUAUUUUCCUGACGAUCAUGUCAUUUGGGAGGAUGCAUAUCAUGCUCUGCGGGCAAACACCAGUUUAAAGUACAGAGAAGAAAUGAUGGACGAGUUCAAGGAGCGAAUGGCAGCAGAAGCGCGAUCAAAGAGCACAGGAAAGCCCCAGACAGCGAAGGUAAAGCUCAACUACAAGCCCGGUGAGUCUAUACUCGACGCAACUGCACAGCUAGGCGUAUGUUACUACAAUAAGCAUCUUAAGAACGUAAAGGACGGAGAACCUUACAGAAUGGAUGAGAGACAGAGACGCAAUAUGAAGCUUGUCAAGCAGGGCGUGCUGCGACCAGAGUUCGCUGGGAUGACUGAUCAGACAUUCAAGGAUCUUCCAAUAGCUAGCAAAAUGCACACAGUAGACGCAGAUCGCCAGAUUGAGUACCAGGAACGGGAAGGCAAGGCAGAGCAACGUGUAGCCGCUGUGAAGCCGUACCUCCGGGGCGGUGGGGAUGUAACGUCACUGGUCGGUGAAACGGGAAUGGGAGAAAUCGUUCAAGCUACUCUGAACACAAAGAUGGGCUCUGUAGCAAACCUUGAUAAUGAUCCUCUGGUAUCAUCUCCGGUUCUUUUGGAUUCAUUGACGAAGUGCCUCAGUAUGAUAAAGGCGAUAACAGAGCAGGAGGAUGCUUAA